CUGCCCCCUGAGGUCUGCAGUCUCCUGAACCCGGCGGCCAUCUACGCCAACAACGAGAUCAGCCUGAGUGAUGUGGAGGUCUACGGUUUUGACUACGACUACACGCUGGCCCAGUACGCAGAUGCGCUGCACCCUGAGGUCUUCAAUGCCGCCCGGGACAUCCUGAUCGAGCACUACAAGAGCCUUCUGAUGAAGAUUGACGCCUUCCAUUACGUGCAGCUGGGGACGGCCUACAGGGGCCUGCAGCCUGUGCCAGAUGAGGAAGUGAUCGACCUGUAUGGGGGCACCCAGCACAUCCCACUGUACCAGAUGAGCGGCUUCUACGGCAAGGGUCCCUCCAUCAAGCAGUUCAUGGACAUCUUCUCACUGCCAGAGAUGGCACUGCUUUCCUGCGUGGUGGACCACUUCCUGGGCCACAGCCUGGAGUUUGACCAGGCACACCUCUACAAGGAUGUGACAGACGCUAUCCGAGACGUGCACGUGAAGGGCCUCAUGUACCAGUGGAUCGAGCAGGACAUGGAGAAGUAUAUCCUGAGAGGGGACGAAACGUUCGCUGUCCUCAGCCGCCUGGUGGCCCACGGGAAGCAGCUGUUUCUCAUCACCAACAGCCCUUUCAGCUUUGUGGACAAGGGGAUGAGGCACAUGGUGGGCCCCGAUUGGCGCCAACUCUUCGAUGUGGUCAUUGUCCAAGCGGACAAGCCCAGCUUUUUCACCGACCGGCGCAAGCCUUUCAGAAAACUUGAUGAAAAGGGCUCGCUCCAGUGGGACCGGAUCACCCGCCUGGAAAAGGGCAAGAUCUAUCGGCAGGGAAACCUGUUUGACUUCCUGCGCCUGACAGAAUGGCGAGGCCCCCGUGUGCUCUACUUCGGAGACCACCUCUACAGUGACCUGGCGGACCUCAUGCUGCGGCACGGCUGGCGCACAGGUGCCAUCAUCCCCGAGCUGGAGCGUGAGAUCCGCAUCAUCAACACAGAGCAGUAUAUGCACUCACUGACGUGGCAGCAGGCGCUCACUGGGCUGCUGGAGCGCAUGCAGACCUACCAGGAUGCAGAGUCACGGCAGGUGCUGGCUGCCUGGGUGAAGGAGCGGCAGGAGCUGAGGUGCAUCACCAAGGCACUGUUCAAUCCUCAGUUUGGGAGCAUCUUCCGCACCUUCCACAACCCCACCUACUUCUCGCGGCGCCUCGUGCGCUUCUCCGACCUCUACAUGGCCUCCCUCAGCUGCCUGCUCAACUACCGCGUGGACUUCACCUUCUACCCGCGCCGCAUGCCCCUGCAGCACGAGGCACCCCUCUGGAUGGACCAGCUCUGCACUGGCUGCAUGAAGACGCCCUUCCUUGGCGACAUGGCCCACAUCCGCUGAGGGCACCUUUAUUGUCCAUGUCAGGCCCCCAGCCCUCCUGCCCUGCCCACUCCGGGCAUUUGUCCAGACAAGCAAUAAAGGCCGUCCGUCUCCUUCCUGUA